AUGCAGGGUCUUGCGGAUGGUCCUGUCAAGACUCAACUGUUCCGACUUGAACGAGAUUCACUAGAACAAGCCAUUUUGAUUGCGGAACAGGAAGACUUCAGUCUGAGACAGGCUCGCGCCAGCUCGACAUCAUAUCGUCAACCGAGACGAUAUGACAACGGAGGUCCAGAGCCGAUGGAACUCUGUUAUGUAGAGAGCGAGAAGGCUCGCUCUACAGGCUACAAGAAGUUGCAGAGAUGCAACAGAUGUCAAAAGACAGGACACUACGCUUACGAGUGUAGUGCCCCUCGUCCAGUGUCUCGCGACACUGGGCGUAGUGACCGUCCACCCAUGAGAAAGGGGCAGGGACGAGGGUCCGCUGUUGGUGCAAAGACGCAACAACGGGAUGGACCGUCAAAAAAUGGACAGGAUCAGUAG